AUGGAUGCUGAUGACAGUGCUAUAGAGGAGACAACCGGUGCAUAUGAUUCACGUACUGUCCAUUUAUCUACAGAUAUUAGUCCAAAAUUAGAUGUGAUUAUAAAACGUGGCUCUGUAAAUGCCAGUGCUAAUGCUCAUGUUAAUAAUCAUCCUACUGUUAAACAGUCUACAGAUGGGACAUCGAGUGUACACUUGAAUUCAUCUCAGUCGAAUCCUUCAUCGACUACAAUAAAAAAUAAAUCUCCACCAUCUAAACGUAAAGGUCCAAAAGAAACUAAAGCUGUUGGGUAUUUAGUCGAACCGCCAGAGCGUAUUGAACCUGUACAACCUUCUAAGCACCCACAAACGGAUAUUGUGUACAUUCGUUUUCUCGUACGUCCAUUCACAGCUGAACAGCUGCGACAGAUGAUUUCAACACAUUUUGGCUCGGUUGUUGACCUUUGGCUAGAUAAAAUCAAAUCAUCUUCACUUGUACGUCUACAAACAGCUGAACUUGCUGCUAAAUGUCGUGAAGGCUUAGAUGGCAGUCGUUGGCCAUCAAUGAAUCCACGUGUUUUGCGUUGUGAUUACGCUAGCACUGAUCUGUUUGAAUGGAUGAAAGUAAAUGGUGAUAAUAAUGAUGUUCAACCUCCAAAACAUUUGUUACUUGGUGAGACGUCUUUGUUAAUGUCGGAGACUGCUGUAUCAUCUAAGACGGUUGAAAAGUCAGAUAAUGAAUUUAUUGGGUCUACUGAACGAAAUACAAAAUCUACAGACUUACGACGAAAAUUAGAACGAACCAAUCGGGACUUAGAGCCCACUGAAGUUACGAAACCUAGACAAAGUGAAAUUAAAGAUUCUCCAGUAACCGAUAUGAAAUUAGCGAAGGGUGAAGAACCUGCAAAGCUGUUAAAUAAUUUGUUUCGAAAGACAACGGCUACCCCCUCGAUUUACUGGCUUCCAUUAACUGAUCAACAGGUAAACCGACGAACAAAGAAAGCGGUUGCUGAAAAAUCAGAUGAUAAAAAGGUAACUAGCAGACAUUCAUCUCGCCAUUCUGAAGAACCUGGACAAAGGACUACGCGUAGUCCUUUUGGUGUUACCUCAUCUCCUCCUCUUCCUCCAUCUAAUAAUAUGUCCAGUCAGUCUUCGCGUAAGGACUUCAACGCUGAUCGGAGCACUGGAUCAAAAAACUCAGAUGAUAAACGAUUACCUACCACAAAAUCUAAUGAUAAUGGUAGGCAUGUAUCAAACAAGAAGUCGUUGCAAAAUAAUGCUUUAUCUGAAGAUAAACAUUCAACUUCCGAGUGCAAGCCGAAGUCUACCGCAGAAUCUAAAAGUGAAAAUCGUGAUACAGCCGAUAAGCAGGGGAGAUUGUUAAAACCAGAUGCUGGAAUCGCUCAUAGUUCAUCAUCGAAAACCGAUAAACUAAUGGAUGUUAGUCGCAAAAAAGAACCAUCAUCACCGUCUCACGUCGAAAAACGUCGUCCCCCAAAAACGGAAAACAGUGAUAACGAGAUAGUGUCGUCAAAGCAAAGUCGAACGGCGGUGGCGCCAAGUGGUGAUUCAUCUGUCGUAAGCGAUGCUUUAGCAGCAUACAAACGGAACGUUGUAGGAUCGCAGCAACAUCGUUCUGAAUACCGAAGACGUUCACCAAGUGGUCGUCGCAGUCCUCCAAACCAUAGAAGCAGCUUCAAGAGCAGUCGGCCAGAAAGCUCACGUGCUAGAGAACAAGGAUCUCACUGUCGUAGUAACGUCGUGAGACGUCGUUCGCGAUCAAAUGACCGAAGGAAUCGCUCUCGAUCGACUGGACGAAGAGACCGUUCAUUGUCCGAUCGAUAUCGAUCACGAAAUUGA